GGGAACAAAGCUGGUAGCUGGGGCUGGACCGGGACAGGAGAGCGAACGGACGGCUCUUCUGUAAACGAGUAAUCGAGCAUCCAGGGCUUUAUUUCUCAUUUUCAUCCUCCCGUAUCUCCCCUUUUCCUUCUCGGCUUUUCCUCCUGCUGAGAUGAGAAGGUGAUCAACAGAGGAUCAGCAGUUGACGAAGUUUUUAAGUUGUUGGAAAGAGUUCGGACAGGAGAGGAGGAAGAUGCUGGGUUUAGAGGUCCUCGUGCUCUGUCUUCUUUGUGGAGCGCUGACUCACAGCCAGCCAACAGAGUGCAGCAAGAAGAGUGAAUGUCCCAUCGAUGUGUACUUCACCAUUGACACAUCUGAGACCAUCGCCCUGCAAGAGCCACCCCCAGGAUCGUUGGUGAACAGCAUCAAGAACUUCACAAAGGAGUUUGCAAAGCGUUUAGAAGAUGGUGAAAUAAGAGGUGCUGUGCGGAUCAACUGGAACAUCGGUGGACUGCACUUCUCCCAAGAAAGGGAGGUGUUCAGUCCCAUUGUGGCCAAGAACGAAUUCAUAAGUAAUGUCGAUAAAAUCCGUUAUCUGGGUAAGGGCACCUACAUCGACUGCGCCAUCUCCAACAUGACCAAGGAAAUGCUGCGUGCACCCUCCCACCCCAAGGCACUCCGAUUUGCUGUGGUCAUCACUGACGGUCACGUGACUGGAAACCCAUGCGGGGGCAUCAAAGUGACAGCAGAAAAGGCUCGCGAUGAGAACAUCCGGAUAUUUGUUGUGGCGGCAUCGAGGAACAUUGAAGAGACAGGGCUGAGAGAGAUUGCAAACUCUCCAGCGACUGUCUACAGGCGGGACUUCAUGGCUGUGGAUCUGAGCCAAGGCAAAGUCAACAUACACACGGAGACCAUUGACCGCAUCAUCAAGACAAUGAAACAUCUGUCAUAUGUAGAGUGUUAUAGUGUGACCUGUCUGGAGACACCAGGGCCUCACGGUCCAAAAGGCCACAGAGGACAAAAGGGAGCUAAAGGAGACAACGGCGAUCCAGGUCCUAAAGGAGAAAUAGGUCGCCAAGGUGACCCCGGUAUCGAGGGUCCCAUCGGUCAGCCCGGUAUCAAAGGAGAACCAGGUCUUAAAGGCGAGAAGGGAGAAAUUGGAACUCAGGGGAAAAAGGGCGUGGCCGGCAUCCCAGGACGCAAUGGAACAGAUGGACAGAAGGGUAAAAUUGGACGGAUUGGCGCUCCCGGCUGCAAAGGAGACCCAGGCGACAGAGGUCCUGAUGGCCACCCUGGAGAUGUCGGUGAACGUGGUCCCCAGGGAGUUGACGGAGAUAAGGGUGAUCCCGGUCGCCCUGGAAGAUCUGGCCCCUCUGGCCCAGCUGGAGAUCCUGGUCCAAAGGGAGAAGCAGGAAGUCCCGGACCACCUGGCAUCCCUGGACUUAAAGGAAACCCAGGUUUACCUGGAUCUUCAGGAGCCACAGGAGAGCCUGGAAGAAGAGGAGACUAUGGGGCAAAGGGUGCUCAAGGGCCAGAUGGAGUAAAGGGGGACAAGGGUGAAAUGGGGCCAGACGGCAUGCGAGGACUUGCAGGUGAAUCAGGAAUCAAAGGAGCAAAGGGCGACAAUGGUCUGCCAGGACCCAGGGGACCAGCAGGGUUAGCAGGGGAACCUGGGAAAAAUGGUACCAAAGGUGACCCUGGUGAUGCUGGACCAAGAGGAGAACCUGGAGCACCUGGACCAAAGGGAGACCUCGGAAGACCUGGCUUUAGCUAUCCUGGACCAAGAGGACCAUCUGGUGAAAGAGGAGAGAAAGGCAAUCGCGGACCCCGUGGCAGCAGAGGAGACUGUGGUCAAAAGGGUGAACCAGGAAAUAAAGGAACUCCAGGAGAGUCAGGUGAACCAGGAUCUCAGGGAGAACCUGGCCUAAGAGGACCAAGAGGAGAUCAGGGCCGUGACGGAGAUCCUGGACAUGAGGGAGAUCCCGGCCUCACUGAAUGUGAUGUCAUGAACUACAUCAGGGAAACAUGUGGCUGCUGUGACUGUGAGAAACGCUGUGGAGCCCUGGACAUCGUGUUUGUGAUCGACAGCUCAGAGUCAGUGGGUCUGACGAACUUCACCCUGGAGAAGAACUUUGUCAUCAACACCAUCAACAGGCUGGGAUCCCUUUCCAAAGACCCCCAGUCAGAUACAGGCACAAGAGUGGGAGUUGUUCAGUACAGUCACAGUGGAACCUUCCAAGCCAUCCGACUUGAUGACCCCAAGAUUGAUUCACUGGCUGCUUUCAAGGAUGCAGUGAAGCGAUUGGAGUGGAUCGCUGGAGGAACAUGGACUCCAUCUGCUUUGAAGUACGCCUACGACAAUCUGAUCAGGGAUAGCCGCAGAGCCAAAGCCAACGUCACUGUAGUUGUCAUCACUGACGGACGAUUCGACCCAAGAGAUGACGACACUCUGCUGACCUACCUGUGCAGUGAUCCCAGUGUUGAUGUGAGUGCCAUCGGUAUCGGAGACAUGUUUGACCAGAUUGAGGAGAAUGAGAGUCUGAAGAGCAUUGCCUGUCAGAAGGAUGGCAGGGUGCUGGGCAUGAGGCGCUUUGCAGACCUGGUGGCUGAGGAGUUCAUUGACAAGAUUGAAACUGUGCUCUGCCCAGAACCCAUCAUCGUAUGCCCUGAUCUCCCUUGUAAAUCAGAGCCUGCUGUGGCUAGCUGCGUUCAGCGGCCUGUGGAUGUGGUGUUCAUGUUGGAUGGUUCUGAGAGGAUGGGACUGGAGAACCACCGCAGGGCCAAGGAGUUCAUUGAUAAUGUGGCUCGCCGCCUCACCCUGGCCAGCAGCAAGACAGACGACAGGAAUGCCCGCAUAGCUCUGGUGCAGUACGGCAGCCCUACAGAACAGAGGGUGGAGUUUCCGCUCACACACAAUCUCACAGUGAUCUCUGAUUCACUGGCAGGAGUCAGAUACAUGGACUCCUCUUCUGCUCUGGGCAGCGCUAUCAUCCAUGCUGUCGAUAAUGUGGUGAUUGAAAAGCGGGGAUCACAGGGAGAGCGCUCGGCUCGUCGCAACGCCGAGCUGGCCUUCGUAUUCAUCACAGAUGGCAUCACAUCCAGCGAGCAGCUGGAUGAGGGCGUGACUGCCAUGAGGCGAGCAGAAGGAGUUCCCACGGUCAUCGCCAUGGGAACAGACACAGACGAAGAGGUGCUGCGGAAGGUGUCGCUAGGGGACAUGUCGGCCAUCUUUAGAGGCGGUGAUUACACCAUGCUGAACAAACCCUCAUUCUUUGAGCGCUUUGUCCGCUGGAUAUGCUAGUGAGGAACUGUAACGCUCUACACCAUAGAAUUAGAAUCCAUUGAAUGAAAGAAGGGCCAGCUCCUUCAGCGUACACGUAAAACACACACACACACAGAGGCGUCAACAAACCUCAUUAGUGGAUUCAAAGCACUGAGGUAGCUGCAUAUCCAGUUGUUAUGGGUGAAGAUAAAUACCUAAUGCACACAAAAGCCAAAGAAACACAAAAGCCAAAGAAAUCCACAUAGGACCAACUGAAAUGCACGCAUACACAUACACGCACGCACACACAAAUAGGCAUGUAAUGUGUCUCUUGUAACUUACUGUUGCAAAUUGUUCUCUUUGAUCUAAAUCUAUGGUCAGCACUUCAAGCCAAAGACACUCACAAGUAUCCCAAAGGAAAGGUAUAUGAUUAUUGAAUGUGUAUGAGACAAAUUAUAGGCUUUAUUUUGUUUUAUUUUGUAAGGAUUUUAAUUUUGCAGAAAGUUCUCAGUGCUCUCUGUCUCUGUCUCUGUCUCUCUCUCUCUCUCUCUCUCUCUCUCUCUCUCUCUCUCUCUCACACACACACACACACACACACACACAAAGUCAGUAUUAACAAUAACGGUGCUAGAUAAAUGAAGGACAAAGCCAUUUGCAUGGUUCUCAAAGCUUUAUGUUAUGUUAUGUUAUGUUAUGUUAUGCUGUAAUUACUGGAGUUUGUUCAGGGGAUAGAAACAUGUCAACACAUCUUCUCCAGGGAAACAAAAGUGACUCAUAAAAACGCCCCACACACACACAAGCACACACACAUGCUGUAGUUAAAUACACAUACACUGACAAACAUAGAAGGAACUAAUCUGUAAACAAGAAGUCCAAAUAAAACCUGCUGGUGACCCCCAA